AAUACAGACACACCGGUGAAAGAAAUGAAGAAGAAAAUGGCUGCCAACGCCGAAAAGGAGAAGCAAGCAGCGGAAAAACUGGCCGAGAAACCAUCAGAGAAACACGAUAAGAAAGAGAAGGCUGCUGAAAAACCUGAUAAACCGGAUAAAUCCGACAAACCUGCCGAAAAACCGGAGAAGUCCACGGAAAAAGUAGAGAAAAGUGCUGAGAAGAACGAGAAAGUGGAUAAAAAAGCGGAGAAAUCAGAUAAGAAGGAGAAACAACCGGAGAAGAAGGCUGACCCUCCAGCGGAGAAGAAGGAGGAUAAGGAACCUAAAGAUGAUAAGAGCAAG